CACUUCCUCAUCGAUGUGCCUUGUCACAAUAUAAUUUCAAACUGCUUACGCCGACUCCUGACAGUCCAUCUACCGACCUCAUUACUAGCAGAUCCGUGACCUCUAACCCGCAUCACUUCCUGCGCCCGAGGCGCAACCCUAGCGGAACCCAAUAUCGUCGCAAAUCGACGAAUAACGAAAUAUGUCGCACGGCUCCGAAGACUGUGCUUCGGUACUCGAGCAGUUUGUUCACGAUGUAGCGAAUUUACCCGCGGAAAUCAACCACUUGAUGGAGGAGAUCCAGGCCAAGGACAAGAUUAUCCAGGACUGUCGCACUAUGAUCAACUCUCGCGAUAACAGUAUCCAGAAAUUCAUCAAACUGAAUGGCAGCUUGGCACCGAACCCGAAGGAAGAACAAUAUGGGAAAACGAUAUUACAGAAUCUAGAAAAGUCGCAGCUGCUGCAGGACGAGAAGAUCCAACUCAGCGACAAAGCAUGUACUCUGCUAGAUCGGCAGAUCAAGAAACUAGAUGUCAAAAUCCGCGACUUGCAGAACGAUGGCGUCUUGUCCAACGAUCCUCCCAUCCCAUCCGUUUUCAACAAUAAAGACCAGUAUCGCGAUCCUCCGAAGAUCUUCCUCAGCGAUUCCACCCUCGACUCCACAAACUACAGCUCCCCUCUGAACCCAACCUCUGGAAAUGCGAAUGUCAUAAUUGGCGCAACCCAAAGACUCAAUCAAUCCCUGGCUCGUUCAACGGGUGUCACCACGCUCGGCUCUCCAAACCACGCAAGAAGCUCCGCGCCAGCCACCCCGGCCGCUGGGACAACCCAUUUCCAACAACGCCAGCGCGAGUCGUCCGCAGGCGCCGUAGAAAACAAACGCCGACGUCUCAACCCAUCCCUCGGAACCCUUCCCGCCGCAUCAUCGAACCUCCGACAAUCGUCUCUAGGUCCUGGUACACCCAAAGGGGGAACCCCAGCGUCUAGCCGCGCCGGCAGUGCUGGUCCACGCGCAACCGGUUCCAUCAAGAAGGCUCUGACCAAAAAGGUCGCGCCUCAUCAACAGCUGAAGAAGAUCAAGGCAUCCGGACUGCACGGGAAACCAGCAAAGCGCUCCUCCAGCGCCAGCGGCCGUCUCAAGAUCAGCAGCACCAAGAAGUCCCCGUCCGCGGCCGGUGGUGACGACGACGAAGACGACUCCCUCCUCAGCAGUGCCGACAUGUCGGAUUCCGAGAACGCCAGCGGGGACCGACGAGGGGACGAUGACAUGGACGACGAGGAAGAGGACGAAGGCAACGAAGACACCAAAGUCUACUGUACGUGCCGCAGCGUCAGCCACGGGGACAUGGUUGCUUGCGACAACGAGGACUGCGAGUUUGAGUGGUUCCACUGGAAAUGCGUGGGCCUGACCAGGGAGCCUGUUGGGAAGUGGUACUGCCCGCAGUGCUCUGCAAAACUGAACAAUUGAUUAUACCCGUGAUUUGUAUCUUAUGGACUUAGCGCAUAGGAGUUUGGGGCAUUAUCGGAAUGGGCAUUAUGGAAUAUAUUACUACCUCCUAUCCAAGGAAUCCGAUGGCUUGGCA